UACAAACUUCGCACUCCUCCUAAUCUCCAACUGUGAGGCGCGCUGUCAUCGACUCCCCGUUUUAAAGCUUGCAACGGCAGUAUUUACGCAGUUUAAAAUUACUCUGGCCCAUCUCACACAGGCAUUGUUUUUGUUGCAACUCUGAAAUAUCGCCAAUAUAGCAAACAUGGAAGUCUUACUUAAAAAAGAGCUGAGAACUUCGAUGCUGAAAGCCUCCGGCCAUGUAGGAGUGGGCUACAUCAGCGAGGGACAGAGUUACGACAUUGACAGCGGACGGGUUUUUGUGAAAAUAAACCACAAGAGCCAGGCCAGGCUAAUGUUUGAUGGGGAAGCGGCCAGUUUGGAUGACAUCUUGAAGACAGAGACAGUGAAAGUGCCGAAACCAACGAAAGUGAUUGAUCUUGAGACCGGUGGCGCUGUGUUCAUCAUGGAGCAUCUUGAUAUGAAGAGCCUAUGCAAAUAUUCUGCGCAACUGGGGGACCAGUUGGCCGAUCUGCACCUCCACAAUCAGAGGCAGAGAGACCGGAGGGACAAGGAAGAGCAAACUGUUGGGAAAGGAUCAGGCCAGUCUGAUGUGCCCGUCAUUGAGAAGUAUGGCUUCCACACUACCACCUGCUGCGGUUACCUGCCACAGGUGAGCAGCUGUCCUAGGGUGCUGUCCCUGGCACAGACUGGGUUUGCUCAGACCGUGUGGUUUUGUGCACUGUCUCACCUGCGCAUUUCCUGUGUUGCGUUCACCCAGGUGAAUGACUGGCAGAGUAACUGGGUGGCCUUCUUCACCCAACAGAGGCUGCAGCACCAGCUGGGGCUGUUGGAGCAGUCCUGUGGAGACAGGGAGGUACAGGAGCUAUGGAGCCAGCUGCAGCUCAAAAUCCCAGAGAUGUUUGAGGGGGCGCAGGUGUACCCCGCCCUGCUUCACGGGGACCUGUGGUCGGGCAACGUGGCCCAGUGCUCGGGCGGCCCCGUCGUCUUUGACCCUUGCUCUUUCUACGGCCACUCUGAGUUUGAGCUGGCCAUGCCCGCCAUGUUCGGCGGGUUCAGCGACUCCUUCUACGCGGCCUACCACGAGAGGCUUCCAAAAGCGCCCGGGUUCGAGGCGAGACAUCUGCUCUACCGGCUCUUCAACUACCUGAACCACUGGAACCACUUCGGCAGCAGCGAAUACAGGGGACCCUCACUGCGCACCAUGAAGACCCUGCUGGAGUAGCCUUUGUCUCUGCCUGGCGGACCAGGAGCUAGCUGCCCAGGGCGGGUGUUUAAUUCGGUUUUGCUUAUUUUUCCACAGCUGCAUUUUUUCCCCCUACUAUACACAAUUAGAAAUAUACACAACUGACAGGGCCUACAUGAGCAUUGCAAGGAGAUGAGACACAUCUUGUCAUUUUAAAGGCUUCCAGGAUCCCCUAUGGGAUCUAAAAUAAUCAUUUAAACAGUUUAAACAACUGGUAAUUGUUUCAGGCAACAGCCAUAGGGUUGUUAAUCCCUUUAACACCAUUAGGUGAUUGUAUGAAUUAUAAGUGAAGUAUUUGCAGAGCAUUAGACUUCCCUUGCAGUACUUGGGGAGGUGGGUUUACUUCUUUAAAUAGAAUAGUUUUAACUGUAUUUCUUUGGUUCUCUUGAAAAAAAUCUAUCAUGGGUUAUUGAUGAUGGAAUCAUUGCUGUCAUUCACUUGUGGCUUUAUGUCUGUUAUGGAAAAAAAUUAAAAACAAUUUUAAGUGUUGAUUGCAGUGGUAACCAACCCUGUUCCUGGAGAUCUACCAUCCGGUUGGUUUUCAUUUCAACCCUAAUUUUCCACAGCUGACUCUACUAUUUAGCAGCUCAACAAAGACCUCUAGCUGUUGAAUGAGGUCUGCUUUCUUGGGUUGGAGUGACAACCUACAGGAUGGUAGAUCUACAGGAACCGGGUUGGUUACCAAUCUUAUCUUCUCAUUUUAUGCCUUUUUAAUACCCCUACCCCUGCAUACAUUGUCCCAGAUGACUGAAGAAUGAUUGUAAACAGGUUCUGGUAGACAUGUUCUUGGGUUUAUAAAUUGUAUUGUAAUUUAAAACAGUAAUGCUGUGCGUUAAUAAAAAUACUGAAUGUAAA